CGUACCACAAUAGAACAGGUCAAGAUAAGUAUUUCAACUUCAACAUCUAAUUAUAUAGAUGAUGAUGAUAUAUAUUCUGUAGAUGUAUACGAUGAACCGCCUAUACCUGAUGAAUCACCUGCAUAUAAUGAUAAAACAAAAAAAUGA